GAAACACCUCCACCACUAGCCGAUGCGCACUCAAAACAACCUGGGACCUAUCUAGGUCUAGUGCCCCGUCGCACGCACAGUAAAAGACGAAAGUUCUUACGUCAGGUGUCACAUCGCAUGAAGAAAAUCCGGGUGGAAGGAAUGAAAGCCCCUGGCCUGCCAAACAUCAUGGAAAAGAUG